GUUUUAGCUACUUGCUGCGACGAUUCUCUGAGAUUCCUAAUAAGGGAGAUGUUGAAACUAGGGUUUAGGUUAUCUAUUGGCAUUCAACACCGCCUACUCGUGAUUCCAUGGGUGACGAAACACUCUGUUUCGCCAAGGAUCUUGUGUUCAGAGAAGCGGGAUUUCAAUUCCCCUGGACUGAGUAGGUAUGUUCCCAAGAAGUCUAGAGAGAUCAGUGAAGAUAGUCCUGAGAAGAAUAAAAAUGCUAGUAGAUGGGAUCAUAGUGUAUCAGGGUGUAAAGAGGCUAGGGAGGAUAUAUAUAUGGAUCUGCAAGAGAGAAACGAUGCUAAAAGUUACAUGAAUGUGUCGUCUCUCGAUGGCUCUAAUGAAGGUGUUAUGAGUUUGGAGAAAGGUAUGACUGCUGGUAGAUGGGAACAUUGUGUACCUGGGUCUAAAGGUAACUUCAUAGAGGCUGGAGCUGGCGCGUACUCGCACCUGCAGGGUAAAAACAAUGCUGGAACGUUCAGUAACGUGUCUUCUGAUGACUCUGAAGAAGAGUUGGAAGAAAGCAGUGACGAUGUUAGAUCAACGAGACAACACAAACAAGCUUAUGAUGAAAUCAAACUAUAUAUGGAUGCUGAGACUGCCAAGAGUAGCAAAGAAACCCAAGAGGCAGAGAACAUGGCUAUUCGUUAUCUUGGUGUAAGAGCAUAUACAGCAGUUGAGCUGAAGAAGAAGCUCAUUGGAAAGAAAUAUCCUCUUGAAAUCGUUGACAGAGUGAUCAAUGACUUUCAACAUCGAGGUUUCAUCAAUGAUAACUUCUAUGCUGAAGCAUUCACACGGUCUAGAUGGUCUUCCUUAAGUUGGGGACCUAGACGGAUCAAGCAAGCAUUGUUUAAGAAAGGUGUAAGCAAUGAAGACUCAGAUGCAGCCAUAAAGCUUGUUUUUCAGAAAGACACAGAACCGAGUCACGGGAUGUCCAAGGAAGCUAUGGAUCAGCUAUAUGUUCAGGUGUCAAAGCGGUGGCUCCAAGGCAGAGACUUGCCUAUAGAAAACCGCAAAGCUAGAGUUAUAAGGUGGCUUCAAUACAGGGGAUUCAACUGGGGUGUUGUCUCUCAACUUAUGAAGAGGCUUGAAUCUCCACUGUCCUGAGUGAAGAGAUCAUUUUUUUUUACACUUUUAUGGUCUUGGUCCUAGUUUUUCUAUUUGUUUUGAGUUUCUUCCUAAGACCUUAUAUUUAAAGGUUCUUCCCAAGCCCAUAGUUAUUAUUAUCAAUAAAUUCACAUUUGUAAGUUUCACUAGACUGAGAUUGAAUGUAUUAAUGUUUUCUCUUUUGGCCAUAAGGUAAUUGCAU